AUGGGAUGUACAUCUUCAAUUGAAUAAACUACUAUCAUCUCUAGUAAGGCUGGAAAACCUAAAUUGACUAAAUCAAUGUCAACAAGCUCUAUUGUUUGCUAUAGGAAUUCUAAAAUAAGAGAAAAUGUGACAAUACUUAAUUAAGGCAAAUCAUAGCUUGAUUGUUAAUUCAUCACUCAAGUGUUGAAGAAACACUAUAUAUUUUAUUAAUUGAAUGAAGAAUCUAUCUAGAACAUUAUUAAACAUAUGUUCUAUUGUUUGAUCAAAUAAAAUCAUCAUUUAUACUAGAAUAUUAAUGCUCCAUCUUGUAUGUUCCUUAUUGAUAAAGGUUAAUUAAAAACAUAGAAUUUCACACUAUUUCAACCAGGUUCUAUUGUUGGUGAAGAUAAUUUGUUAUUAGGAUCAAUUAAAUUUAUUGAAGCUAUUGAAGACACAUAUAUGUGGUGUUUAGAUAGAAUACAAUUCAAUAAAGCAAUUUAAUAUAUUACAACUCAAUCCUUUGUUACUAAUAGAGCAUUCUUAUAAUAAUAAUAUUUAUUCUAAUAUUUCAGCUAAAAUUAAUUAGAUGGAAUUGCUGCAAAUAUAUUACCAGUUCAAUAUCAAAAAAAUUAAGUAAUGUUUUCAGAUGAUGCCUUUGUAAUUAUUAAAAAUGGAGAAGCUUCAUUAUUUAAAGGCAAUAAAUUUUCAAAGACUCUUUCUCGAAGAGAUACAUAUGGUACUUUAUAUAAAUUGAAUAAACCUAAAAAUACAAAAGUCAGAGCUAUAAUAGAAACACAAUGUCUUAUACUUACAUAACCUAAAUUAAUUGAAGUAAUUGGAUUCAAUAUUCAAAAAUAAAUUUAUUAAGCAAUUAUAAGACAUGUAUUGAUUGAAAUAGAAAUACCUGGAUUAGAAAUAGAGAAGAUUUUAGAAAAAGAAUAAUAUAAAUUAAAAAUAUAUAACAAUGAAUCAAUAAAAUAAAGAUAAAUUCAUGAAGAUUUAAGUAUAAUAGUUGAUGGAUCUGUUGAUUGUGAAGGUGAAACUUUAAAAUUAGGAGAAUUCAUUUCUGAUUAAUUUGAUAAUUCACUUUAUGUUGCUAAUGGUACUAUAGCAAUAAUUUAAAGAGAUUCUCUUUACAUAGAAGAUUAUAUUAUAGAAGAAAGUUCAGAUGAUGAAUCUAUAAAAUGUAAACCUAGAUUCAUAGAAUUAAAAUAACUAUAAAUCAUAAGAAGAAAUUCUAAUAAUAUAAUUAAUUUGGUUCAAUUUAAAUAAUAAAAUUAUAUUCUCAGAUAGAUCAAUAAAUAAUCUCAACAAAAAACAUAAUAGGAAAGAAGAAUGAAAUCAUAAAAAAAAAUAUUCGAAAUUUUAAAAUGUCCUAAUGUAUCUAAAUAUUAUCAAUUCUAUGAAGAUAAUACAUCCUAUUAUUUUUUAUUUUAAUUUAUUGAUGGUACACUUUUAUCAGAAAGAAGAUUAACAUUACCUUAAAUUUAAUCAUCAAUACUAUAAAUGAUAUCAAUCUUAGAUGCUUGCUAUAAAAAUUCUAUUAUUUGUAGAUCCAUUAAAUUAGAUAAUUUUUUGAUUGAUUAUUAAGCAAAUGUCUAUUUGAUAAAUCUUUUAAAUGCUAAACAAGCCUCAAGAACAUAUACAAUUAUUGGUUCUCCACAUUAUAUGGCUCCAGAAAUACUUGAAGGAAGAGGAUAUGAUUGUAAUAGUGAUGUCUGGAGUUUAGGUGUUUGUUUAUAUGAAUUAUUAUUUGAAUCAGUACCUUAUGGUUAAGCAUUAGAUGAUCCAUAUUAGAUUUAUGAAGAAAUUAUAGGUUCAUCUGAAUUAGAGUUUCCUGAUAGUUAUAAAGAUGAAUAAGGUAAAAGUUUAAUGAAAUAAUUGAUCAAUAAGAAUGUGUAUUAAAGAAUAGGUUCUAAUUUCGAUUAAUUAAAAAAUCACUCAUGGUUCAGUUCAUUAGAUAUUUCAAAUAUUUCUCCAAUUGAAUCAUAAAUAGAAAUAAGAUGUUGA